UAAUUUGGCAAAAGUGCUUCCUUUUGCCGUUUUUGAUCACCAAAGCGCUAGUCGGAGCCUUCAGAAAAAGAAAGCUGAAAGGAACUUUUUUUUGUCUGGCGGAGGGAGCUGAUCGCGGGUUUGGCGUACCACUGCCAGUAAAUUUUGGCCGUGGCCGGGCAACGAAGCAGACUCUGCCCCCGGGACGGGGAUGGGUAGGGGGCAUGGAGGUGGAGGGGGACGGCGUGGGUCCUUUCCAUCUAGGACCGUUGACAUCUACGCCUAAAGAGUCAUCUACCUCGAGCCUCCCCACACGGACUGAUUCCUUGUCAUCUGAAAACAGUGACAGUUCAGGAGAAGACUGGCUCAUAAAAAUUCGUUGUCCAGGAGCAAGGCAUCGAUACAGUAAACGAGCUCAUGCAAAAAAGGGCAUAUCAUCACGGUCCACAAAAACUGAAACCUCAAGCAUUCUAGAUAAAAAAGAUGACUUCACAGACACAGAGAAAACAGAAUUGACGCCUACUACAUCUUAUCAGGACUAUACAAAAGUGCCAAGGCAGGAGAGUACAGACUUGGAGUGGCUGAUAAGACUUCGUUGCCCAAGAGCUCAAAUGGAAGAGUUGAUGCCAGAUGUCAAGCAACCUUUUCCAGGAGUUACUACAUUCCUGAGUAAAUCACAGAGCAAGAUUUUAGAAAGAAGUCCAUCUGAAAAGACAAAAACUUCAGAGAGUUGGCUAACACAGAAGCACUUGUCCAUUGCACAGGCUUUAGUUAAUGAAAGCCAGGAUGUUAUUGGUCCCAUUCAGUUGCUGCUGGAAAGAGAAAGCUGCUUUAUAAGGGAAGUAGACAGGUAUUUGAAGCACAAUGAUUUCUUAGCUCUAAGGAGAAAGGAAGUGCUGUACAAGAAAUGGUUUGAAAGUGUUUCAAGACCCCUGCUGCAGAAAAUUCAGGACAAAGUUGACAACCAGUCAAGCAAAGAAAUAGAAGAAAGGAAGCGAAAACAGCUCUCCCUUUAUCUAAACUAUUGUAAUGAGAAGGGAGGUGCAUUUUUAGAAAGUUAUAGUCCGUCGUCUUAUGAUCCUUUCUUCCAGAGGACUACUCCAGACUUGUGGAAGGCAUCAAUUCCUCCUUUACAUGACCCCUUGUUAAAGGAAAUAGAAGGAAGAAACAUUGAAGCCAGCAUUAUGAAGCAGUGUGAAACAGGAAAAUUACAUUCCUGUAAAGAUAUUCAUGAACUACAUAAGACUGAGUUACCACCGCUUCCUUUGGGUCGGCAUCUUAUGAACCCCAUAGAGUGGCUGAAAGUCCCAUUGCAUUAUAUGGAAAGUGAUGUCCGUCGAAAAUGCCGGAAGUCACAUAUGAGAGCUAGGAAAGGUAAAGAGCAAGAGAAAGCAAGAAAGAAGGAAAUAAAACUUUCUUCCUAGGGGCUCAACAACCAGGAAAGUCAGGAACCUGCUCUCCGGUUCAAAACAGGAAAUGAUCCGGGUCUAGCCCCAGGCCUUCUGCCAACAUUAUAACAGUCUGCCUUUUAAAGCCAAGGGGAGGAGGCUUCCCACUGAAGACGAUUUGUCCUCUCCCUCACAGAAUGUAAUUCCAUGUUGCUCGUUCACUAUGCAUUUUAUAUUGUCCACAGCUCAAUCAUCAUCAACAGUAACAAGGUUUGGUUUUAUGUAUCACUGAAAUCAAAAGGUAAUGUUUGAAAAUUGGCCACCUUUUUGAGUGUCAAGCAGCAUCAGUGUAGCAGAGCAUACAACUGGUUCAACAGAGUUAAACGCUGAUACUUAGAAUAAUGGAUAGCAUUAACCAUCCUAAUUUUAUUUUGUUAAAAGGCAAAAAAUGAGCACAACUAGAAACCAGACUUCUAUGGAUUUCAAGAGCUGGGGUGACUCACCCUGGCCUCCACUGAAGGAGAGAUUACCCCCUGUCAGGAAAAACGAGUUCACCCAAAUGGCCAGUCUUUUGUCAAAACAAAUAUUUACCGGCCCAUCAGUUUGGAAACCAAAAAUAAAAUCUGCUUCCUAUUGAUCUUUCUUUGAAACUGAUUCCUUGUAAAAGGGAUAAUGCCAAAUUUGGUGCAUAACAGUGUGAUUCAAUUACUUAGAAGGAAUGAUUAGAAGCUUAUUUCUGCAUCAGGGACUACUGAGAAUAGUAAAACACAGGAUACGGGGAUUUUAUGCUUAAAUGCUUAAAAUUGUGAUUAUGUAUUACUGCUUUCUAAAGUAUUGCUAAGUAGCUGCUUUAUAUUUUCUUAUAGGGGAAAAUCACAGAGCUUACUACAUAAAUACACUUUAUUUCAGAAGCUUAAGUGCAAUAUGAGUAAGACAGUGCUUCAGAUACAGAGAUAAAAUGAUGUUUUGGGGCAUACAGGGAUAUGCUCUGAAAAGCAGCUGUGGUUUUUUUGCAAGUGUGUGUGCUUGCUGUAGCUGCUGGGAAAAAUGCAUUUGUCUUAAGAAGUUGCAAUCAGAUGCUAGGUGAGUGCCUUACAUGCUCCAAAGCAUCUUUUGGUCUUUAAAUCCAAGGUUCUGCUGACCCCAGAUGAAUUGUUUCAAAAGACAGAACAGACUUUCAUAACUUUAGUAUGAAUAUGACUUUUGCUGUUUUUGAAAGUCGUUUUCCUAUUCAGAUACAAAGCAAAUUUAACAGCCUGUCCACAAAGCAGCUAAAAAACUCUUCGGCUCAUUGAGGGAUUAGUGAUAUUGCUCCUGGUGUGAUAUAGACUUUUUUACAUUUUAAAGUAAGGGAUCUUCUUCGACAGAGUUAAGAGUUAUUCAAGAGUUUAUAUUUAAAGCUCAGAGCUGAUGUUUUCUUUCAUAAAAUCCUCCUCUAUCACCAGAAAUGAUUUUUUAAAAUCCAUUUAAUUUACUGUCUUUCAACUUCAUUUGAUUCAGUUUUAUGAUAUUGUCUUUUUGGACAAGUACUGAAGCUGUAAAACCUAAAUAAUGUGCAGGAACAAAUAUAUAAUUAGUGUUCCAGCUUACAGAAAAAUAUAUAUUUUUUCAAAUAAAAGCGUUAUUUUUCCAACUUUCAAUUUCAGAGACUGAAGUGGAAGUAAUUUCAAGCAAGUUGCCUAAUCCUACAUUGCUUCAUGGUUGUGAACUGUUAAAAUAUACCUAAUUAGAAUAAGUAUAGUCUUCUUCCGCUAAACAUAAUCUCUUGAGGUAAAGUGAAAAGUUUCAUUGCAUAGCAGUAGAACUUGAGGCCCAAUUAUUCGAUGGCAAAUAAAUAAAAUAAUGUGCAUGCUUGAUGUUCCGGAUACACAUACAUGUACCAUACACAUUUGAGAAAAGUAGAAAAGAACCAGAAAUAUAUUGAUGAAUUAAGGUAGUCGUGUACUGUUACCAGGCAGAUUAUUUCUCCUGAUGUAUUUUGGGAAGGAAUGGAUGUUAGGACAAUUGAGUGAAAAUUUCUACUUGGAAGAUCUUUUUAAUAUUGAAAUUUUCUCUUUUUCUGUUGGCUGAAGCAUAUCAGUUGCAAAAAAAAAGGAACGAAAAAUUCAAAUGGUCUAAAAUUGUGAGAAAAUUAUCUUUGUAGCACUCUGUAGAGCUAUGUUUUGCUUUCUCUGUAUCCAAGAAAUAUGCUUGUGUGUAUGAGUACAUGAAUUUCAAGAUAAAUUGUAUCUCCUGGCAGAACCACCAGAUUUCUUUCUUUUCAAAUGUUUUUGUUUUAAAUGUAAUAGUUUUCUUAUGGCAUGACUUUUUUCCCUCUUCAAUGUAUUGGAGUUUUUAAAUUGCAAUUUGGCUUAUGUAAACUUUAAUAGUGCUUAAUUCUUUCCCACUUACCCAGAAUUGAUUAUCAUACAGACGUUUAUACAAUGUAUUUAACUUCAAUUAAUUGAAUAUAUACUUUU